AGAGCUAGCCAAGCAGAAUUUAUGCGAUUUGUUUGCGUGUGUGCGUGAGUGAGUGUGUGUGUGUGUGUGUGUGACAGGCAGCAGCUAUAAAGGCGACACCGGUCGGUCUGUCAAUAGGAAAUUGCCAAAGUCCUUGUAAAGCAUUUAUUGUAUGUGGGUGCAGCUGCCACAAAGGGAUAACGGUUAGCUAGGGCGUGACACGGCCGAUUCGAGGCGUCACACUUUUUUUUUUCUUAUUCCUCACUCUAUUCUAUUGUUGUCUUACCUUGUUACAAUUAUCGUGUACUCUGUAUAGGCAAGUGUGUGUGUGUGUGUGUGCGUGAGUGUGUUCAUUGGUGUGUCUCCAAAUUGUCUUUGGUACCGUUACGUGUUGUAGUCCGUGAAUUACGUUCGGGCUUAGACAAUGUGUCCGCAGCUGCUCCCUCUGGAUUAUUGCGCAUGAUAAUUGAAAAAGUGGAGAAGAAGAAGUGUACUACGAUUACCUUGGACUGUUGCCUGCUUGGCCAAAAUCGUUUAAUUGGAAAUUUGUUAUUUGAACUCGACGACCUGUGAUUAAUCCAACGGACAAAACCGUCGCGAAAUACAACAAGAAAAUGCUCAUGCUCGGUUCAUUGUGUGCGCCAACAAAGGAAAAUGUAAUGAGCGCUGCUGGGCCAAUUACAAAUCAAUAGACUAGCGAACCCCUCAGCAUGGAACUCGACAACAUGACCACUACGCUGGCCAUCCAGCUGGACCAGCUGACCGCAAGCAGCCUGAACCACAGCCUCGGCUCGGACAACUCAACCGCACUUCAAUCCGAGGCGGAAGCCAUUCGGGCCACAGUGCGCUGGCUGGUGCCCAUUUUCUUUGGCAUCAUUGCCGUCUCGGGCUUCUUUGGCAACCUGUUGGUCAUCUUGGUGGUGCUGCUGAACAAGAACAUGCACUCGACAACGAAUCUGCUGAUCGUCAACCUGGCCGCCGCCGACCUGCUGUUCGUCAUCUUCUGCGUGCCCUUCACGGCCGUCGACUAUGUGACGCAGCACUGGCCCUUUGGCAAGAUUUGGUGUCGCAGUGUCCAGUACCUGAUCGUGGUCACCGCCUAUGCCUCCAUCUACACGCUCGUGCUGAUGUCCAUCGACCGCUUUCUGGCUGUCGUUCAUCCCAUACGCUCGCGCAUGCUGCGCACCGAGCACAUCACAAAGAUAGCCAUAUUUACGCUGUGGACUGUCGUGCUGACCGUUUCCAUGCCGGUCACCUUUGCGCAUGAUGUGGUGGUUGACUAUGAUAACCAGACGAACGUCACGUACGCCAUGUGUCGCUUCAUCGAUAAUGAUGUCCUCGACCAGAGCACCUUCCAGGUGAGCUUCUUCAUCAGCUCCUACCUGCUGCCCCUGAUGGUGAUCAGCGGGCUGUACGUGCGCAUGAUCAUGCGCCUCUGGCACCAGGGCACCGGCGUGCGCAUGUCCAAGGAGUCGCAGCGCGGACGCAAGCGAGUCACCCGCCUGGUGGUGGUCGUGGUCAUUGCCUUCGCCUCGCUCUGGCUGCCCGUGCAGCUCAUCUUACUGCUGAAGGCCUUGGACCUGUACGAGGCGAACAGCAUGUUCAGUGUCAUACUGCAGAUAGUGGCCCACACCAUGGCCUACACCAGCUCCUGCAUCAACCCGCUGCUCUACGCCUUCCUCUCGGACAACUUCCGCAAGGCCUUCUACAAGGCCAUUAACUGCUCGAACCGCUACCAGAAUUACACAUCUGAUUUGCCGCCGCCGCGCAAAACGUCCUGUGGCAGGACCUCCACGACGGGCCUUUGAGCGCUCAGACGACGACAGCCAGGAAUCGGCGACAGCUCCAAAUAUCUAUUUGUAUAUAUCGAAAAGUGAUUGACCGACAGCCAGGAGGAGCACAAGCAGCGGCAGGAGCAGGUGGCAGAGGGCGAGUGCGAAGUGGCGGCAGGUGGCAGAUUGAUUGCUUCGCAGGACGCUCGAACGCGGCCAACCGGCUAAAUGCGGCCAAUUAAGGGGCUGAGAAUGUGCCGUUAAUUAACGACCAAUGGCCCCACAGAAAAACAGAGAAAAGAAAAAAGAAGGAAAAAUCCAAAAAGGACCAAACUUAUAAACAGAAACAAUAAACAAAUGAGAGUCCUAUAAAAACGAGCUCGCAAUUCAAAUCGCCGGCUCCUCAUAUAGCUUAAAUAUAUCUUUAGAUUUAUGUAUAUGUAUUUGUACUUGGAUUUAGAUAAACAUGUAUGUAUAUAGGCUAAUCCUAACUGUCUAUGAGUUAACGCUUCUUGUGAGCCACGCGCACUCGAGUGCGCCGAGGCGAAUAUCGAAUGCCGAAUGUAAACACAAAUGUUAAUUGCACAGCUUUUUGCUAAUUCAAUGUAAACAAUAAAGGAAAUAAACAAGA